AUGUCCUACCCAGAAAACACUCCUCACCAAUCGACGCCGGAUCACAGCGACUACGGCUCCGACUUUACCCCGGAACAAGAGGCGCUCGUGGACGAAUUACUCGCCAAAAUUGCCACGGAGAGCGCGUCGGUUACGCCCUCUACACCACCACCUCUCCCACAACAACCGUCACAAUUACCACGAAAUACAGCGACGGAAGUAGCUGUUAAUAUUCCUACCGCUACGCAGGAUACCGUUGGCACACAGGACAUCGAAGAUUACUAUGCACCGCAAUCGAGCCCGCGCAUUCCUAGGGUCCUGGGCCGCGAAACACCAGGCACUACAUGGCAAUUAUACAAGACAACGACUCCUUGGACAAAGGCUCCUUGGGCAGGUACUAGCGCAGGGCCCGGGAUAUCACCAACGCAGAACUCGAACAACGGCGGUGCGGAGCUUGUCGAACAUCCGAAUUCGACAGAAGGGCGCACACGGAAUCGAGAGCGUGAUAUUCAGAGGGAGCAAGAAUGGGUUGCUGCUAUGAAUUAUGCUGCCGCAGGGACUGGGACUGAUGGGGAUAAUCCGGCGGCGGAUACCACGCGGUCACCGAUUGAGCGGUUUCGACGGUCUCCGAAUAAAGCGUUUUCCGUGUCGGAUUUGAUAUCGCCUGCGUGGUGCGAGUUGCAGUAUUGGUAUACGUUGACCAAGUAUGGAAGGAAGAGGAGGACAGCGGCUAUGAAGCAGGGGACUACGAUUCAUAAAACGUUGGAGGAUGAGGUGCAUACGACCGUGGCGGUAGAGGUUAAGACGAAGGAAGAUGCGCUGGCGUUACGGAUUUGGAAUAUAAUCCAGGGCCUGCGGACAUUACGCGAGUUCGGGAUGACAAGGGAAUUGGAGGUCUGGGGGUUGGUGGACGGUGAGCUGGUGAACGGGGUGAUUGAUCAACUUUCGUAUGAGUGUCCGGAUUCGGAGCUUGAGGCAUCUGCUGCGUCGUAUUAUGCGGAUGUUGAGGCUACGCGGGCUGCGCUGCCGCAGUAUCAGAUGACACUGACGGAUUAUCUGCUGUCGUCUUCGCAGCGUGGGCAGCGGUUGGAUGAAUUGUCCUGGAACCAGAAUAAGGAGGUGGAUUGGUCUGCAUCACCACUACCACCGCCGCCCCCAGAGGCGUUUGAGAUACCCCGGGUGUAUUUGACGGAUAUCAAGACCAAGGGCAGUGGGUCGAUUCCUACCGUCAAGAGCACGUCUUUUCGACCAACGUCGCUUCAGCUACAGAUGUAUUACCAUAUGCUCAACCGGCUGGUGACCAGCGAUGAUGUGACUAUCGAGUCACUCGCGGCGCGCUACAACCUUGAUCCCAACCGUUCGUUCACGGACGCCUUCGUCACUGAAGUGAGUGACAUAAACAACCAGUUCUUCGACGCUAUGUCUCCACAAGAAUUCGACCCCGACUUCAUCCCUACGCCUGAAGACGCCUUGAAAAAGCCAUUCUCAUCACCCGCCUCCUCAUCCACAAUCCCCCCAUCUGGCAGCCAAGACUCAACAACCGUCCUCUUCGAGAAUAACAACCUUACCAACCUCUGGCGCCUAAUGAAAGACCAUCUCCGCCUCACCUUCCUGCCAUCCCAAGGAUCCGAAAUCCGCAUGGCCCCCUCCAUCCCCUCAGAAGUCCAACCCUCUAUCCUCGAUUCCUAUUCAACAGUCAUCUCCCCGCUCCUAACAGCACGCUACCUCUCCGCCUCCGAGCCUCGCUCCCUGGGCAGUCGAUCGUUCCUGUAUGAUCCUGUUAGUAUGAACUCGUAUCUAUCGGACCAGAUGAGUUGGUGGAAGGGGCGGCGGGAUCCGCGGGGCGUGGAGGUGAUGGAGGCGUGGAAGUGUCGGAUUUGCGAGUUCCGGGAUGAGUGCUCGUGGAGGCAGGAGAAAGCUUGGAUGUUGGCGAAUCGGAAUCGGGGGAGGAAGAGGGCUGCUGCUUGA